UCUCGCGUUACGGAAAGUAAAGUGUUUCCGGCUCCGGUGUCAUGGCCGGCUCCUACCCUGAAGGUGCACCUGCAGUCCUCGCCGAUAAGAGGCAGCAGUUCGGAAGCCGGUUCCUGAGGGAUCCGGCGCGCGUCUUCCACCACAAUGCCUGGGACAAUGUGGAGUGGUCGGAAGAGCAAGCCGCGGCGGCGGAGAGAAAAGUCCAGGAGAACAGUAUCCAGCGGGUGUGCCAGGAGAAACAAGUUGAUUAUGAGAUCAAUGCCCACAAAUACUGGAAUGACUUCUACAAAAUCCACGAAAAUGGGUUUUUCAAGGAUAGACAUUGGCUUUUUACCGAAUUCCCUGAGCUGGCACCUAGCCAAAAUCAAAAUCAUUUGAAGGCUUGGUUCUUGGAGAACAAGAGUGAAGUACCUGAAUGUAGAAACAAUGAGGAUGGACCUGGUUUAAUAAUGGAAGAACAGCACAAGUGUUCUUUGAAGAAGAGCCUUGAACAUAAAACACAGACAUUUCCUGUGGAGGAGAAUGUAACUCAGAAAAUUAGUGACCUGGAAAUUUGUGCUGAUGAGUUUCCUGGAUCUUCAGCCACCUACCGAAUACUGGAGGUUGGCUGUGGUGUGGGAAACACAGUCUUUCCAAUUUUACAAACGAACAAUGACCCAGGACUCUUUGUUUACUGCUGUGAUUUUUCUUCCACAGCUAUAGAACUGGUCCAGACAAAUUCAGAAUAUGAUCCUUCUCGGUGUUUGGCCUUCGUUCACGACCUGUGUGAUGAAGAGAAGAGUUACCCAGUGCCCAAGGGCAGUCUUGAUAUUAUCAUUCUCAUAUUUGUUCUUUCAGCAAUUGUUCCAGACAAGAUGCAGAAGGCUAUCAACAGGCUGAGCAGGCUUCUGAAACCUGGGGGGAUGAUGCUUCUGCGAGAUUACGGCCGCUAUGACAUGGCUCAGCUUCGGUUUAAAAAAGGUCAGUGUCUAUCUGGAAAUUUCUACGUGAGAGGUGAUGGAACCAGAGUUUACUUCUUCACACAAGAGGAACUGGACACGCUUUUCACCACUGCUGGACUGGAAAAAGUUCAGAACCUGGUGGACCGCCGACUGCAGGUGAACCGAGGGAAGCAACUGACAAUGUACCGGGUUUGGAUUCAGUGCAAAUACUGCAAGCCCCUUCUGUCCAGCACCAGCUGAGAGGCACCUGCUGCCAACACGAUGCAAGCCCGUUGUGUUUCAGAGCUUUUUUAAAAAAAAAUUUGUAGCACCAGGCAUGGUGGUACAUGCCUGUAAUCCCAGCCACUCAGGAGGCUGAGGCAGGGAGGAUCCAUUGAGCCCAGGAGUCCAGCCUGGGCAAAAUAGUGAGAGACCCUGUAUCUGAAAGUAAUAAUAAAAAUAAAAAGAAUAUAAAUGAGGUCUCGUUGAUGUUGGACAAUUCAAGAAUUCAGACUUGAACCUUAAACCUAGGAAAAGUUACUUUGUAUCAGGAUUCUAACAAUUAUGCCUCAUAUUUGUGAAGUCCUUUAAAACAUAAUUUUCUCAAGUUCUUUCUUUGAGAUCUCAAUCUGUUUUAGCAUUUUGUAACUAAUAACUGAAAUUUUAUUCAAAGGAAUUGUAAACCUUAAACCACCAAUUUAUUUCCAUGUGAAAAAGUGUUAUAUAUGACAAGUGUUUUUUGACUGUAA